AUGGCAUUUAAUGCAUGGGAGAGCCAAGCAUCCAGUCACUACAACUCCCUUGGCUUCCCUCUUUCGCCCCCAGGGAAUGAACCCACCUGCCCGCUGCAGUCUCAGGCGCAGAGCUUCUUUGCAAGGUGUGGAAGUUCAGAUUUGCACAGCCGCCGCCAGCCACGGGAAGGGCCCUGCUCGGGAAAACGCCGAAGGAGCGCCCCGGAACGCCACGACGGCCCGCUGGGGCAGGUCGAGGAAAGCGCGCUGGGGAGCAGGCGGGCCCAGGACGAAGGCGAUGCCAACUUCCAGAAGAGCAAGGCCGGCGGGGCGGCCGGAGAACGGCUCGCUCUCGCCCGCCCUCCGGGCCGCCGGAGUUGGGCUCGCUCGGGCCACCGGGGGCCCGUCCCGUCCCACCGGAGCGUCGCGCCCGCGCUGGGGCCCGAGGAGAGCUCCGUCCGCGCUGAGCUUGCUGGCCGGCAGACUCGAAGACAGCGCGCGGGACCGAGGCGCGCCGCCGCUCUCCGGCCCGCCUCUGGGGCCCGGCCGGCGCCGAGGGCCCCUCCGCCUGAGGCCGUAGCCGGCUGCGCCGGGCACCGGGAGGGAGUCGCGACCCGGAGGCAGGAGGGGAGCGAGCCAGGGGGGACUCGCUUCCUGGUCAGCCCUCCGGCGGCUGGCUUUUGGGCGGCGGCGAAGCUGGCCGGUGGGAAGCCAGGCUUCCCUCCCCAAGCCCUGGCCUCUGAAGAGAUUGAAGGGCGGCCGGGCUGGGGCGGGAGAGCCCAAGGAGAGCCAAUCUUACUUACGAACUUCCUGGUGGAGAGAGGCUGCGACUCCGGCUUCGGGAAGGCGACGGCCCGUCACCUGGACCAGCUGGGGCUGACCGUCUACGCCACGGUGCUGGACCUGAGCAGCCCCGGGGCGGAGGAGCUCCGGCGGAGCUGCUCGCCUCAGCUGCGGCUCCUGGAGCUGGACCUCACCAAGGCGGAGGACAUCCAGCGGGCGCUGAGCGACCUCAAGGCCCAGACGGGGCAGACAGGACUCUGGGGCUUGGUGAAUAACGCUGGAUUCAAUGACAUCAUUGCCGACGCAGAGUUGACCCCGCUGCACCACUUCCGUGCCAGCAUGGAGGUGAACUUCUUUGGCACCCUGGAGCUGACCAAGGGCCUGCUACCGUUGCUGCGAUCGUCCCGAGGAAGGAUCGUCACCGUCAGCAGCCCGGCAGGUAACAUGCCGUACCCCUGCUUAGCCAGCUAUGGGGCCUCCAAAGCCGCCCUGAGUCUCCUGAUGGACACAUUCCAAUUUGAACUAGCGCCCUGGGGGAUCAGGGUGAGCCUGAUCUUUCCUGGGUACUUCAAGACAGGCAGCUCUUGCGACCCCAAGUACUGGCAGAAGCAGAAGGAACAGCUCCUGACGGCGCUGCCCCCGGACCUCCUCGAGGCCUACGGGGAGGAGUACGUGGAGGACAUCCACAGGCAGUUCCUGGGCUUCAUGAAGCAGGCGGUGGAGGACCUCAGCUCAGUGGUGGAGAGCAUUGCCGACGGGCUGCUCUCCCCCCGGCCUCGAGCGAAGUACUACCCGGGGAGGGGUGUGGGGCUCAUGUACUUCAUCCACCACUACCUGCCGGGCAGGGCACGCGAGCUUUUCCUCAAGGCCUUUUUUGUCAACCCGAGGCUGCCCAAGGGCCUGCAACCGAAGCAGCCUCAGAAACCCUGAGAGACUUCCUUCCUUCCUUCCUUCCAGAGUCACCUGUGAGAGCGGCACCCUCUCGUUUCCACCACUGCUGGGAUCUGGGGGUAGGGGGGGAGCAAGGGGUCACCCCCUCCGGGGCCUUUUUUUGACAGUGUCAUCCUCCAUGCUGGAGGGAUGGUGCUGCCCACAGCCACUGCCCACUGCCAAGAACCCCAUAGCACAGGCCCUACUGAGGCAAAGGAUGCCCAGCUGAGGUGCCUCUCUCCGUCCCCUCACCUGUUGGGGCCAGGUGAGAAGGUGGCGGCCCUGCUCCUCCUCCUCCUCCUCCUCCUGCUGCUGCUGCUGCUGCCCAAACCGGGUGCAUGCCGUCCUCUCAACGAGCUGAUGCCGCACCUCCGUCAGCUUCAGCUCGACGCCCUCAGAUGGGCUCCUGGUCGGCCUUCAGGGCAAGCAGGCGCUCAAGGGAAGAUGCAGGCAAUGGUUUUCUUGCCUUGCUGCUGGAAGUAGCCGGUCUCUGUCGCUCAGGGCCCUGGGUGAGCUGCCCUGCCCUGCCCUGCCCUGCCCAACCUUCUCCUCUCCCAGGGCUGAGCCGAUGGCCCCCUCGCUGCCUUAGGCCCCACGUGCCCAGAGCCAGCCAAUCUUUUCCCCAAAACAGCAAGGCUGUGAUUCUCACUGCAAAUAAAACAAGGCACUGAAACA